GUGACAGUACAGUCACGCCCAUCUAUCUAGACAUCAACAAGAACUGCUAAGCUGUCUACUAACACUAACAGUAUACUGUGUUCGCUAGGCAAUGGCGUCUCUAGAGAGAGUGCUGGCGAGCAGUGCAAGUGAUGAGGUGGUACAGAGUAUGUCCUGGAAACGCAAAGUGUGUAAUGGGAGAAGGCUAUUCGAGGUGACAGGCCAGGCACCCUCCCCCUCCAAAGACUGGGUACAACUCAAGAUUACUGACAGAGGUGUUGUCUGGCGCAAGUGGAGGAUCAGCAUAAGAGGAGUGACUCAGGGGAAAGCCCCUACACCACAGCCAUCUGAAGUGGUCCUCUCACAUACUGACUUCCAAUGUGAUGACACCAUGCAGGUUGAGGUGGAGAGAGUGUUUGGUCCCAGAGUGUUGCAACAAGUCCGGCGGAUUGUUGCUGGUAACCAUGACAACCUGAGUUGUCUCCCCGAUGCUGUCUUGAUAGGGAUCUGUCUGUACCUUGACCUGUCGUCACUCACUCAGUUAUCUCGUGUUAGCUCUCAUCUGCGUGAGGUGUGUGGUGGUGAGGCUCUGUGGGAGAGACUGUAUGAGCAGCAUCAAGGUUGUCCCAGUCAUGAGGUGGCCACUCUAGCAGCUGACAUUGGAUGGAAGGUUGUCUUCUUCAUGAACAAGCUGCAACUACAGAAAGAGGUAUCUCGAAGGAGGCGCCUGCAAUCCCCACUACCACCUGCUGAACCAACCAACGCUUUCCUAACACAAUAACUUGAAUACGUCCGUUUGUAUACAAUUAUGAACUUCUAUCAACAUGUCACUUAUUAGAACACAUCACUUAUUAGAGCACUCCUUAUAUAAUUAUGAACAUGCUCAUCAUCUGUUCAG